AUGGAGAAUCAAUUUACAUUAAAUUGGCUGCCGGGAAGGACAAAGUUGAUUCCUUCACUCAUAGGAAAAACUAAUCCAACCUACCAACUUGUGCAAGUUCGAAGAGUUCAAACCGGUAAAACGUUUGAAGAAUUGGCGAUGAAAACUAAAGAAAUUAGAAGAAAAGAUUGUGAUUCGUAUAAACUUCACAAUUCUCGAAAACUUUCAUCGAAUGAUCUUUUUCAUCUAUAUGGGGUAUAUGUAGGGAACUAUGGGGCUGAAGUCUUGCAACAAUUUGGGGGCUAUAAAGACUCAAAUAGGGAAGCAACCAUAAAACCUCUAGUCCAGAAUGAAUAUUUGAUCGUCAUCAACAACAACAACAUCAACAACAACGUGGUCUUGAUAAUGAUGAUUUAUGACCAUGAUGAUGAUGAUGGUGGUGGUGGUUAUGGUAAUAGUCGCGAUUAUAGAGAGUAUCUCUAUUACAAGAACCAAUCAGUAGGUGGAGUGAGAGACAACCGCCAACCAAUGAGAAUGGAGAACGCUGAUGACGUCAGAAUGAAUUACGCAGUCGUGAAAGGCCCAAGAUGGAAGGCCAGCUCGUCAUCAUAUCAUUAUAGCGAAAAUGAUGAUCGUGAUGAUGGUGAUGAUGACGUUCGUCGUUACUAUAGCGACAAAUAUAAUAAUAAUAACUAUAAUAAUAAUAAUUACUAUGUGGCAAACAAAAAACGUUCAUCUCAGAACGCAUCUGUUGAGUUGUCGGACAGAAAGCUGGCCAUCUUCAGCAAAGACAACGAAACAUAUGACUACUACAUCAACAACAACAACAAACACGUAAACAAACGCCUAAACAAGAGUGUAAACAAGAACAUCAUCAACAACAACACCACCAUCACUAUUGAAGACGACGACGACGACGACGAUGAUUAUCAAAAUUUUUUGCAAUGGAAACGAGCACAGAAGCAAAAACAAAGGGCAACCAGCCAAUCACAGCUCGUCGUUCAAACGGAAGACGAAGCCGUAUUCACUUCCGGUCAUUACGAAGACAGGAAUGUGCAUAAAAACAGAGAUGGGUAUAAGAUCAGAAAUAGGGAUGAACACGGUUACUCGGAUAACGAAAUACCGAGACGAAUAAAUGCCGCUAAAAUGUCGGUUAUAAAUAUCGACAAUGAUUUUGACAAUAAUUACAACAACAACAUUAGCAACAACAACAACAUCAACAACAACAACAACAACAAAAUAAAUAAAAUUAAGAACGAUGAUGAUGACGAAUACUACAAUUCAAGAGAUAUCAGAAGAGGUGCUGGUAAUGAUGGCAAUGUUGGUGCUGAUAAUGAUGAUGACGAUGACGACCGUGGUUUUGGUGACGAUGAUCGUGUUGCCAACGGGAGAUCCAAAAACGCGAGAAAAUUUGAUGAAAAUCGAAGGGUGGCCCCUAGCAGUGAGGGAACGGCACCAGCUGGCAAACCUGUCGACGAUUUUUACGAGUACAGACAGGAAGUUAAAAAAAUGUUACAAGUUGAGAAAAAUUUGGCACCGCAAAAUUUUAAGAAUGAAAAUAAUUCUGCGCUACAUAAUGAAAAUAUUUCUCGGGAUUAUUCCGACCGAGAAACGAUAUGUUUGAGAAAAAGUGACGACGGUGAUGAUGACCAAUCGCCGUCACUAAUAGCGAAAAAACCGGACUUAGCUGAGGUCAAAAUCUCGCAACAAAAACAACAACCCCAACAACCACAACAGCCACAACAACCCCAACAGCCACAGCAGCCACAACAACCACAGCAGCUACAACAGCCACAACAACUACAACAACUACAACAAAGCAAUGUAAAAAACACCGGCUUGUUGUAUACGAAACCUGACAAAGCCAAUAAACAACGCAAGCAGUACCAGCUACAACAACUUCAAAGAUUGAUGGACUUCGGUAAGUCGAACCCGCAACGGUCGAAUAGUAUCGAGUUUGUCGGUGUCGACACUUUCAACCAACAGCAGCAGCAGCAGCAACAGCAGCAGCAGCAACAGCAGCAGCAGCAACAGCAGCAGCAGCAACAGCAGCAAAAACAGCCGCCGUUAAGAUCGACUAGUAAAUUAAAUCGAUCCCAGUUCUAUCACGAAUUCGAGGUGAGGCUUCUCGGUUCCGUGCCACUAACUCAAUCCGACCUGGCCCCCAGAAAUAGGGAUGUGCAGAUUGGUAAGUGCAUCGAGAAUUUUAAAGGACAGAUUAAGGAAAACAAGAAGAAUAAAAAAAAUUCGAGCUCCGGAGGCUUUCAAAUGCUGAUGCAAAUUUUGAGUUGGGACUUGAAUCUGGUCAAGACGGAUACGAACACAAUCGUUAAAACGCACUCACUUGAAAAAAUAAAAAUGUGGAAAACCGGAAGUGGAAAUAAAUUGAAUCACGUGUUCGCUUACGUAAUCGAGGAACCAAUAGGCGAUAGUUACUCAUGUUGGGUGUAUCUAACUGCCCUACCUUCCUCGAAAGUAACAUCGGCUCUCAGCCUGGCCGUCAACAGUGUCAACCAGAGUAUCAGCAACCGUGGUGACGAUGAUGAUGUCAUUGGCCGUCUUGAUAACGAUACCACCACCACCACCACUACUACUACUACUACUACUACCAAUAAUAAUAAUAAUAAUAACAAUAAUACAAAUAAUAACAGCAAUAAUAAUAAUAAUAAUAGAAUCAUGAGCAAGGACGGCAGGUACGUCAAUGUCAGCAUCACAGCUGGUGGGGAAAAAAACUCACCUAGAACAGAUGACUUCGACGACGACGACGAUGAUGAUCGUAAUUUCGGUGCUGAUAAUGAUAACGUUAAUAAUAAUAAGAAUAAUAAUAAUAUUAACAAAUCAAAAGCAGUUGUUUACAAAAGUCAGGAUAGAGAUUUUAACAAUGGCAUGCCAAGCAUAGCUGUCACGAUACCCAGCAAUGAACGCGGUGGUAAUAGUAAUAGUUUCAAUAAUAAUAGUAAUAAUAAUAACCGAGCAAACAAUAAUAAUAAUAAUAACAUCGGUAUUGGCGGUGAACAGGUAAAAUUUAGACAGGAUGUUAGCUUAAGUGCUAGAAAUAACAACAACAACAAUAAUAAUAAUAAUAAUUAUAAUUAUAAUAAUAAUUACAAAUUGGAUGUGGAUCCCAGCAGAAGGCCGUCGAUAAAAACCAAUAAAAAUGAAUCUCUCUUAGUUGUUAGAGAACCGUCGCGAAAGAAUGCAACUGCAACUGCUGCUGCAACUAAUGAAGACAGACUCCAACAGAAACAACGAAAUUAUCGCAAUAGUUUGGACUUGCAACCACAACUGCAACCACAACUGAGACAUCCUCAAAAACUUCAGCAACAGUCUAGAAUUCAACAACAAAAACAACAGCAACAACAUUUUGGUUAUUACCAAGACCAGAGGCAUCAACAACAACAGCAACAACCAUUAACACCCCGACAACAUCAUCAUCAACAACAACAACAAAAACAUCAACAGCAACAUCAACAUCAACAGCAACAACAACAACAGCAGCAGCAACAACAAAGAAAUUUCAGGUACAGCCAACAAAUUUCGCUCACGAGCAAAGAACCACCUCUUAAAAAGAACCCGGAAUAUAACAUCACCCAACACAAAUCUACAAUAACGAUUUCCCAAGAUUCAGACGCUGAAAUAAGACACCAUUCCCAUUCGCCGAACAAACAAUCAGCACAUCCUUAUUUUAGGCCAGCCAAUGAGCGUGAGCUAGCGAACGGAGCUCAUAGAAGAGAUUUUUCAAACCCUGCAGUCCCUAGAGAUAUAAACAUUUUAAGGGUUAAAACCCACGAACUAACGAGCUCUGCCAGAAAUCGAUCGCCCAAUCAGAUGAAGAGUCCUAGAAUACUGGACGUUGAUUGGUCGAAAAAUAGUUUACCUGCUGGGGAUAUUCAAACCAGAGGACCUAUCUCGCCGAAGAUUGCUGGAUCUAGCGUGAUGUCAGAACACGAGCUUUCUUGUGAGGUCGACUGUUUCUACUUGGGUCUCGUCAAAGUCGACCAAGCCACGGGGAGUGAUGUCAUUAGAAAGUCGUCCGAGAUUUUGAUAUCAGACGUGCAGACGACCAAAUGGAUGAAGGUUCAAGUUCAGAUCAACCCGCUAUAUAUUUGCACUGUCAACUAUAAUAACCCUGAUGACAUCAUUUACUACUGCAGAAUAAAAUCAGUCUCUUACAGCGGCGUAUCUAUAAGGAACCAAAAGAGUGCUACGUUCAAGCGAUGCGGCAUCAAUUGA